AUGAUUCUGAAUUUAUCGAUACCUUGGCCACGGGUCCAAAUCACUGAUGUCAAUGUUGGGGGUGCAGUUGAUGCUAAUGAAGAUGAAGUCGCUUUAAAAGUUGUUGCUAUUGCUGCUAUUCCAUCUGGAGGUUCUCGUGUCGCCUACCACAGCGGUGAUAGUGUGACUGUAGUCGAGCUGGAUUCCAAUGACAAAAUUGUUAGUAAAAGCGCUGCUGUGAAGAUACCACUACAUGACUUUGCCGACAUUUACGCCGAUAACACUGGUUUCGUCAUUCUUGGAACGAGAAAUGCUGAAGGUCGGGGUACCCUCAACUGUGGUAACCCGAGCAAUCUAUGUGGUACAGCGCCAAACCCACCUAUUCCCUGCUAUGACAUGUACUUAAUUCGCUAUGAUGGAUCAAAAGAAUCGUGGGCAACAAAGUUAACUUCAUCCAGUGCAUCGCUCCCACCUUACUCGUCGAGUAAAACGGGACCAGAUGUGUACAUGAUCUGGUGGUACGCACACCACGGUCGUAUCGCUUACGACGGCAAGAAUUGGGCUGCAUACUUUGGUGCUGCCAUAUCAACAUCUGAAGGUGGAUGCAUCAAUAUUCAUCAGGGAGAUCGAAUGAAGGUCGUAGAUGCAUCUGGUAAAAUCGUAGCGAACGAAGAUUCAUUCGAUUGGGGAUGCUCACACUCAGGCUACGAGCGUAUCACGUACGACAAUCGUACAAAUAACUACGCAACGAUUUGUAAGACAGACAACAAUAAUCGUAUUAUGCCACCGAAAGACUGGGGUACAACCAUUUAUCCUGUAGACUUGGCAGCGUCUAAUUUGGGUGACAUUGUUCCGGAUUCUGUUCCAUCGAGUAACAAGUACUGGGCUACAGUAAGCAAUGGCAAUGGAAACAAUGCUAAGGUGCAUCUGAUUCAUUUUGCCAUGAAUGCAGCAGCCACCGAGGACAUCAUUUUAGGUGGCACAGAUGCCAAUGAGCGUGCACCACACCUUGCGUCCAUUGGUAGUGGUGGUAUCUUAGCUAUGUGGGAAGGAAGCUCGGUGGGUGGUGACCUCGUUGAGGGCAGUAAACGCACGAUAUACGCGCAGGUGUUGAACAAAUCCACAGGCAAGGCUAUCAGUGAAAAGGUGAUUGUAGACAAAUCUGUGGUGGGCAAUCGCUACCAAGCUCUUAAAACCUACCCAGAUGGCAGCGUGGCAUAUUUGUCGAAGGGUAAAACGGGUACCUCUCUACAAGUUGUCCGCUUUUUUGGAUGUUAA